UUCUAGCCUAGGAUCAGGUGGUGUUACCUUCUAUUCAUUCACAGUCGAUCAGUACUUGUCUAGUUUGCCCAAUUCUGUUUAACUAAAACAUCAUGAGACGAUUUUCUAAUAUUUGUUAUUUCGUUUUUAUAUUAACCGUUGCAUUUCAAAUUUUAUUUUCACAUGCUGAUAAUGCAGUCCCUGUAUUGCUAUGGGGUGGAUCUGUUAAUUCUGAUUUAAUACAGACAGAUGCAGUAAAUCCCUUUUUAAAGACUACUAGCGAAGAAUUUGAUCUUUUUCUGCAUAAGAAAUUAGAAAAUUCACCUCCCGUUCUUCUGUAUAUAAAAGAUAAUUUAUGUAUCGAAGAUUUAGUAAAACAUAAACAGCAUCUUCAAAAAGUUAUUACUUCAAAAAGUUAUUUUCCUGCUGUUGAGAAAGCAAUGAAUACUGUUGAAAACUUACCUUUUUAUAAUCAAACCUAUAAUGAUUAUAUGGAUUCAAUAUCUGAUGGGCAAUUAUUGAUUGUUCCAAUUAAUAAUUUAGAUAUUAUUCCUGAAACAUAUAAGACAAUAAGAGAUUCCAGUCCUAAUUUGAUAGCUAUACUCACAGGAAAAGCAUGUAAUUAUAGACGUUCUGAACGAGUAAAGAGAGACAUUCUUACAAAUAAUAAAGAUAAACAUUUUAUUGUUUCAUCACAUAGAGUGUUAUUAUAUUCUAGUCAACCAUUAUUAUUAAAGCUUGAAAACAAUAAAGAUGAAAUAGAACUUCUUAAUUUCACAUCAUAUAAAGAUGAACCAGGUACAAAAAAAUCUUCAUCUAAUUUAAUUCUGACCUUUAAUGGAACUAUGGAUCAACAUGAACUUGUUUUUAUGUUUGAAAUUAAAACUGCAGGCUAUUUUACAUUAAAAACAGUUCAAUAUACAUAUUAUAUAAAUUCAAAACUUUCAAAUCAACAAAAUUUAAUAACAAAUACAGAUAUUGUUUUUCCAUUUAAUUUUUCUUAUCACUGUUCACAAAAUAUUAUAUUUAAAAAUGAUACUAUUAGCUUACGCAUUACAGAUUUGCAAGUGCAACUUAUUCCAGAAAAUAAAAAUAAUACAAGAACUUUUAAUGAUGCAUAUGAUUGUGUUGGUUUUACUUCAAUUCCAAUUUGGACAGGAAUAUUUGUUACUGCUAUAUUAGCUUUAAUUAUGAUUUGGGCACUUACUAUGAUUAUAGAUAUUCGUACAAUGGAUAGAUUUGAUGAUCCUAAAGGAAAAACAAUUACUAUUUCAUCUCAAGAAUAAUAUAAAAAUAUCAAAUUAUUAAAAAUAUUAUGUACAUAUAUAUCUUAAUAUUUCAUAACUCAAUAAAUUGUUAAAUUUUCAGUUUCAUAUUAAUAUAUAUAUAAUAUUAAGAUUGAUUAAAAUUAAUGCCAUUAAUUUUUCAAAUAAAUUUAAUUGUAAUAAAUAAUUUUAACCUGA